CAAGUUUGCCGAUAAGAUUACCACUUAUUUCCAAUGUGCUAUAAGUACAUGCUUAAUCGCUGAAGGAACAUGCAACGGAAAGACGCCACCAUCAUGUGGUCCAGUCAGCCAACGCCCUCGUGUGACCAGGUCGAUUGCUGACCCACGGCAAAGAAACAGUACUCGAUCAAGAUGGAUCCGACUAGACAAUACGAUGGAUGUCUCGGCGCAGAAAAUUACCGUACUCGACUUGAAUGAAACUCCUUCUGGCACGGGAAUUCCUAAGAAAUCGCUCAACUCACAUCGCAACCUCUUGCCGAUUCUGUGUCGAACAGUGGUACUUCAGAAUGAUGCCGUCUGUAUUAGUCCACAAAUUGCUAUCGUUUUCACUUUGGUUGCCAUCGCAUCAACGAUCGCUGUUGUUAUGCUUGGAUUGCUACUCACAUUGAGAUACAGGGCAAUGAAGACUUUUGACUAG